AUUGAUCAAGAGGCACUAAAAACAGCAGCACUGGAGAUGUUUUUCUUGGGUUAUCCAAGAAUUGAAGGCAUGAAAUAUUUCCCAGCUAUAACUACUGUCAUUCUCAUUGGACAAAAUAUUCAAAAGAUUUCAGAUCUAGAGUACUGCCUGUUGCUCAAAGAGCUGUGGAUUGCUGAAUGCUGUAUAGUGAAAAUAGAUGGUCUAUGAAUAUGUGUAAAUUUGCAAAAGCUUUAUCUUUAUUGCGAUGAAAUUUCCAGCAUUGAAAAUCUGGAAGUGCUAACAAAGCUGAAUCUACUUUGGUUGAAUAAUAACCUGAUCAAGAAUAUAGAGGGCUUACAUACUCUGUAGAAUUUGCAAGAGGUCAACCUCACUGGGAGCUUAGUAGAAAAAAUAGGAAGAGUCAUAUCCAAUGUACACAGCCCUGAUCAUCCCAAACUGGAACAUGAAUUGGCCAAGCUGCAAAUGUUGAGGUAAACAUCAAGUAAUAAAUCUCUAAGGCAUAAGAAUCAUCUGGAAACUGAAAAUUCAGUUCAUGAUAAUGAAGAUACAGAAAAGACAUGUCUUGAAAAAGCAUUCUUACAAAAAAUAAAUGCAUUGGAGGAAAGAAUAGUAUUCCAGAACAGAAAACUGAAUGAGUAUAAUUUAAAAGAUUUCCAAGUAGAAAUGAAGAAAAGUUUUAAUUUGGUAGUAUAAUUCUUGUUGAUGGAAUUGGAAAGAGUGGGAAACAUUCGCUUUGAAGAAGCUUUAUCAAAUAGUCCAUGGUUUAGUUUUUCUUGUGAAAUUCAAUCACGAUUUUGUACCUAGGACUUCAGAGCAUACAGUAUCAUGGGAAUGAAAACAAAUCACAUCUUUAGAGUGCAUAAUCAAAUUCUGAGGCUGAAAUUCAAGGAGAAGUUUCAAAUAUUUCUGUAAAAAGAAGUUUUCAGUGUAGCAGAGAAUCAGCAUAAUGAAAACCUGGAGUCUUUCCCUAUUUCUUCUCUUUGUCGUUUCUCAAAAAAAGAAAAGAUGGAAUCUCUCUCUUACAUAUGCAAUCCUGAAUAGCCAGUUAAGGAAAAGCAGCUGCUACAAAUGCUGGAGGAUAGUUUCAAGGGUCUGGAAGUGCAUAUAGCUACAGGAAAAAAAGCUUUUCUUCUCUGUAACAGUCUAAGCAUAUGUGAAUGUCCCAGAACAGAGUUUCUGAAACAAUAAGCUAAGGCAGAAGGCAAAAACAGCAGUGAUCCAGAGAAGUCAUUCAAGCAUGGGAAAGCAAUAAUUGCAAAAGUUUUCCUUGGCCGCAGUGCUCCAGCUUAUGCAAUGAAUCCCAUCUAUCAAGUCAACUACGCAGAAGCUAAUUCAGUAUUCAGGCCAUGGAGAUGCCUAGAAAGUGAUGCAUCUACUUCUGGCAAUGAAAUGUGGGCUUCCUUGGAACAGAGAAAUUGAGAUUGCAGCCAUUGGCAUUGCGAGUGGUUUGUGUUUGACCAUGAACUGCUCCUGCCAGAAUACAUUGCUGAGUUUGAGUACGUUACACUGCUCAAAGCCCAGUGUUUGUUUUCUACGUGCAAUAUAACUGUGGAAGAGAGAAGCACAGAAAGAUUUAUUCUGUCUCAUGGUUUGCAACGUGAUGAUGAAGUUUUGAAUAUGGAACCGACAGCAAAGGUCAGGCCUCAGAUUGCUUGCUUAAAUGAAAAAAAACCAAUAUUUUCAGUGGCCAAGGCCAAUAUUUAGUCAGAGUUGCCAGUUUUGAAUUUGAAUGGGAACAGCCUGAGCACUCUGCAGGACAUCUCUCACUUAGAAACAUUUCAAAAGCUUAUCAUCAGCUUUAAUGAAUUUACUUCCUUAAAGAAUAUUUAUGACCUUCCCAGCCGGGAAUAUUUUGAUGUGAGCGUUAACCAUGUGAUCACUUCUGAGGGCAUUAGAGGCUUAAGCAAACUGCAGUUCUUCAACCUGAGCUGUAACCAGCUGAAAAAGUCCAGGGAAGAUAUAAAUAACUUUCAUAAACACACUCCCAACAUACUCAGUCUUGACAUCACACACAACCCAUGGCAUAAGGUGCAUAUCAGCACUUGAAAUUCCUGGAAAAGCAUUCUAACCAUGACCACAGUUAUAAAGGCUUAAAAUCUGUUAUAUUAUACACUAAAUACAGUGUUUUCUUUUUUUUUCCCUCAGGUGUCUCUGUUAGAAUAUUCUAGGACUGAUGAAGAAAAAACUACUAUUCUCAGUGUACUUCCUUGUGCUAAAAUUCUGUCUCAAAUUUGCAAGACCAAGGCAGAUUCGCAGAUGCAUUGUAAUAACUGGUAUUCAAUGAUCACGGUCUUAAAUCGGGAUGACCAACUCUUCAAAAUUUCCAACUGGGAAAAAUUGGAGUGUUUAAGAUGGGCAUCAUUUAGCAACAACAAUCUUACACGUGUAGAAGGAAUAAAGUCUUGUCUUAGCCUCGAAGAACUCACUUUAGAUGAAAACUACAUUUCAACACUAGAUGGAAUUUCAAAGCUCACCAAACUUACAAGACAUAUUAAUAAUAACCAUCUUAUCAGCCUCAAAAGACAUAUGUUUGAAAAUCUGUCUUAGCCUCUAUACAGUUCCAUUGAGAACAACAGAAUCACAUCUUUAGUUGGUUUAAAGAAAACUAACUCACUAAUAGAGCUACACAUAAGUAAUAACUUUGUUUACACCAACCAAGAGAUACAUCAUUUAAAGGGUUUAACUAAUCUGAUAAUUUUGGACAUGAGUAGAAACUGAAUAGUCUGGAAACAAGAUCACUACCGACUAUUUGUAUUAUUCUAUCUUCCCUCUCUCAAAGCCUUAGAUGGCAUUGCAGUAGUAAGUUAUUCUAAGGAGAAAGCGCAUGAUUUCGUGAUUGCAGAAAGACUGGGACAUUCAGACUGCACAGAAAUGCAAGAAUUAAAUUGGACAGCUUCUAAUAUCAUAGCUGUAAAGCUGGUGCUAGUGGUCCAGUUUAGAAAUAUCUGUGGCAUGAAUUUACAAAACAAUAAUCUCAUGUCUUUCAGUGGUCUAAUCUUCCUUCCUAAUGCCAAGGUAUUGUGACUGAACUACAAUCACAUUGAAUCAACACUGCCUGGACAAAAGCUCCCAAAUCAGGUAACAAAUAGGCAGCAGCUGUACGGAAAGGUGGCCUCUCAUGGCUAUGGACAGGAAGGACUUGCCAAAGAAAGCAAGGAUGCAGAAUUUGAAGAAAACCUGCCCUUGAUAAUGCAGAGUUCGGAAGAUUUUCAUCUGGGCUAUAAUGGAAUUACUAACAUGGCUCAGAUACAGCUUAGCAGGCUAAAAAUCUUGAAACUUCUGUUUUUGCAGAGAAACUACAUCAGCCAAAUUGAAGGACUUGAAUGUCUCCCCUUUCUGCAGAAGUUGGUAUUGGACCAUAACCACAUUAAAAUGAUUUCACAAGGUUUUCUUGCUAGUCAGAAUGGUCUUUUGACUCUUCGUCUGGAGCAAAACCAAAUAUGAGAACUGAACAGUUUACAACUGGUAAAAUUACAGGAACUGUUUCUGGACUUCAAUAGAACUCAAGAAUCAUCUAAACUAGAAAAACUUCAAGUUAUUCCCAGUCUUAAGGUGCUCUCAAAACACGGAAAUCCAAUAAGUAUAUUCGGUUUUCCAGUUGCAAGCUCUCCAGAGGACUCCAGAUUUCCCGCACUGCCAGCAAACUUUACAAGACAUAAUCCUCUCAGAAUAACAAAUGGGAAUCUGAAUGAAAACGUUAACCAUUUAUUUGGCUCUGAUCUUAUAUUUGGUCAUGAACUUGAAGAGCCUCUACUGAAUAAGUCAAAUGAAAAUAAGUCUAAGAACCCAGAAAUUACAAAAAAAAAUCUUUGAAGCAUCCAUGCAGAAAGAGUUCUUAGGCAAGCCAAAGGAGCAACGACUAAUCUUCUAAACCAUUUGGCGCAUCACUGUGCUACUUCUGGAACCAGCCAGCUGCAUCAGGGCAAACAAAAUGCAGGCAGGUAA